AUGACGGCGGGGUUCAUCUGUCGCGAGGUCGCCGCACACGACCAUGAUGCAGAUGGUGAAGGGAGCGCGAUCCAGGGGCUCUUUUACAGCGCCACACCAAUCUUCACGCUCCCGCUUUACAUGCUUCUGCUCCUCUAUUCCGUCACGGCGGCGGAGUCAUCAUGGCCCCGCCUCAACCUGAGCCUCUCGUACGUCGUCAUCUGGACCUUCUUCAGCGCCGUCAUCUCCUGCACCGCCCAGGGCGCGUCCACGUACUUCAACCCCGACGCCAGCACGGGCGCCGUCCGCUCCGCCCUCGCGCUGCUCAAGGCCAGCCUGUUCCUGCAACUCGCGCCCAACGCGGCCUUUCUCUUCGUCCUUCUCAGGUGGUUGUGGUUACUCGUCGCUGCCCGUCACCGACCCUUUCUGUCGGCGUUGCUCGCGCUGAUGGCGCUGAUCUGCGUACGCAACGUCUUCCGCACCGUCCAGCUCUUCGUCUCCCCGCGCUCCCCGCUGUGGACGGCCGAGGCGUAUUUCUGGGUCUUUGAGGGUGCCGUCAUGCUGGGGUAUACAGUGCUCUUCCAUGUCUUUCAUCCGGGGAGAUUGGUGCCCACUGGGCUGGAAGAUUACAGGAGACAAAGACGGUGUAGUUAG